AGGAGAUAUUUAUAAAAGUUCACUCGGAUCGUGAUUACUCAAGGCUUGGUUUGUGAUGAGUCUACGUUCGUUAGUUAUGUGUGUUAUCUACAUGGUGAUCAAUUCGUCAGGCUACGUUUAAUCGGCUAUCUGAUACUGGCAAACCAUAAGCAGCCAGUAGAAGAAUUUCCGUCAAUAGAAAGCUAUCGAGUGUGAAAGAGUCUUCUGUUAAUUAAAAGGCUAUAUACCUAGUCACGGUAUAGAGCAGGAUGGCGUUUCGGGCAGUACUUGCCGCUGCGGUUGUUGUGGAGGCCUUAGGUCAUGGUCGUAUUUUGGAACCGGCAGGCCGAUCUUCAGCCUGGCGUUUUGGCUUCAACACACCUAAAAACUACAACGAUAAUGAACUGUUCUGCGGAGGCUUUGAUCGUCAAUAUGGAGCGAAUAAUGGAAAAUGCGGAAUUUGCGGGGAUCCUUGGGACGACUCACCACCACGGGAUAAUGAAGAUGGGGGCAAAUAUGGUACCGGAACAAUCGUUAGAAAAUAUUUGCAGGGAGAAGAAAUCGAAAUCGUCAUCGAAGUUACCACGCAUCACAAAGGCUGGUUUGAAUUCAAGCUCUGUCCGGUCGAAGAUGGCAAAGAGAGUACGCAGGAGUGCCUUGACCAUUAUCCUAUCAUGCUCGUCGGUAAUCAAACCUCCAGAUAUACUCUUCCCGAAGGGUCGAAGGAAGGCAUCUAUAAUUUUAAGGGUCAACUCCCUAAAGAUCUUGUCUGCGAUCGGUGUGUAUUGCAGUGGCACUGGACAACAGGUAACCGAUGGGGUUUAUGCUUGAACGGAACUGGGCAUCUUGGAUGCGGAUUUCAGGAGACCUUCCGAGGCUGCUCUGACAUUACAAUUGCAUAAAUUGACAUCUUGUUAUCGAUCAUGUACUGUGCCUUAUACUGGUUAACUACAAAUCGACAGUGAGAAGUUUGUGAUCAUCUAAAUAAAAUUUACUUUAAUCAUGUUAUUAUACCAUCAAUCCCAAAGAACUUAUACACUUAAAAGUAAGGAACAGCUUUCUCCCUUUAUUACACCUGUAUUGCCUGCAUAAUAAAAUGUAGGCUACAUCUAUGUUUAGUAAUAUAAUAAUAAUAGUUUAACAGCUUAAAUCAACGGUAUUUAUAUGACCAUCUUUGGUAUAGCCAGAUAUAUAUGACCAGACGAUAUAUACUAGCAGAAUAGAAGCUGAUCACAUCUUUAUAACAUAUAUUCUGCGGAAGCGAAAGUUAUUUUACAUUUUACGAUAUUAGCCAUAUUAAUGUAAUACGCUUUGUUUUAAAUUUUAUAAUCUCAGAAGAUGCAAACUUUCAUGUUUCAUACUAUGCCUGUAUUUUCCCCAUAGUGCUUUCGUUUGAGCCUGGUAUACUAACUGAUGAACUAAAUAAUGAGGUAAACAAUUUAGCCAAAUUGCGAUCUUCACGUAGCCAUCAGAAAUGGGGCAAGAUCCACACGGGUUUACCUCAGAGCUGCGGGUACCUUACGCGCUCUAUGGUUAUCCUCUCAUCGGGAUUGAAGCAGACUUCAUAGAUCAGCAAUAGUUCGGUGUUCGGCGUUUGAAUGGGCUACAGAUGCAAAAUUUUGCAUUUUUUAACCCUUUCCUCGAUCUCAAUGAUUUGCGCUAGCUGAGAUACGCUUUUGAUUAAUGCGUUAUCUGUAAAGUAUCGAGCUUAGGUCGUUUUAGUAGACGCGUAUUUUUCUCGGUUCUAUUUACAUUUUCCUUACAAUUUAUGAUUGCAACUGAGUUAUCGUUAAUGCAGUGGGUAAAAAUAUAAAGAAUUCUUUUUUUUUUACAUUUCCUUGACCUCGUUCUUAUUGAUAGACCUCAUAGACUAUUACGAACUACCAGUGCAUUGAUUGAGAAAUAACAUUA